GAUAAUAAGCUCAUGGGCUUUGGGUUUGAAGCUGUGUCAAACCUAAAUACCCAAGAAGCAUUAGCUCUCCCUGAAAAGGAGGUGAUCCAGCCGCACCUUCCAGUAACGACUUCGGGCAUGGCCAGCUCCCAUAGUGUGACGGGCGGUGUGUACAAGGCCCGGGAACGAAUUCACCGCC